GCUAUCUGAGGCAGCGGCAGUUCCCCAGCGCGCUCUGCCUCCUGCAGACUGCUCUCCGCGCGCUCUCUCUCUCUUAAACAUACGGACACUGGACUUACAUCUCUACGAUUUUAGCCUCUCACACUUCUUACUACAUCGCUGAGACGUUAUUGGAAAUUGGUUAACUUUUACACAAUUUGCGAAAGAAAAUGAGGACACUUGAGCUCCGCAUCUUUGUCACAGUCUUGGUGACAGCCGCACUGGUCCCAGGCAGCAGUCGGGCAGCGGACUUCCCCGUCAAUGGCCACCAGAGAUGGGACGUUCGGGGAGCAUAUGCUUUGGGAUCGGAGUCUGGGACUUCAGCCUCUUGUCCCAUUAAACUACGCCCCUCGAGCCAGUGUGGGACCUCGGAGGACCAGGAGGACUGUCCCUAUCACCUCACCUUGCCUCCUCUCACUAUUCAGAUGCCGAAGCAGUUCAGACUGCUGGAGAAAACUAUGAAGGAGCUGCAGAGCCUCAAAGAGCAGGUGAAUAAGCUGAAGAGUGGCUGUCAGGAGUGCCGCGGUGCUCGGGUCCAUCAGCAAGCCGACCAGGGGCAGGCGCAGGUCCAGAGGGAUGCAGAGGAGGUGCACAGAGUGGAUUUGUCAGGACAGGACCUGCUCACAGGGUCUAGCCAAGAAGAGCGCGGAGACGGGACAAUCCCUGGAGCACAGGAUGUCACCGGGGCUGGACAAGUCCCAAUAUACGGCAAACUGACACCAAGCCCAAGCUCUCUGCUGGAAAUGCAGGUGAAGCUGAAUAGGAUGUCUACCAGCCUACGCAACGCCAGGAGCCAGAUUUCUGCUCUACAGGGGCGCCUCGAGGGGCUCAACCUGCUCAACAUGGACAAUGUGCAGGCCAUGGUGGACCAGCGUGUGGAGAACAUCACGGGAGUGGUCAACAAGCUCAGCUCCUCCUGCAACACCCAGUGUGCCGUGCAGAACAGCCCUCAAUUCAUCCUGGCCCCAAGGGACUGCUCCGACUACAACGUGCUGCAGGAGAGGAAGAGCGGAGUGUACAGAGUCACUCCUGAUCCUCGCAACGGGACAUUCGAGGUCUUCUGUGAAAUGGAAUCCUACGGAGGGGGGUGGACCGUGAUCCAGCAGAGAGUAGACGGCUCUGUCAGCUUCAACCGAACCUGGGCCGAGUACAAAAAAGGCUUCGGAAAUCUAAGGGGCGAGUUCUGGCUGGGGAAUGACCACAUCCAUUUGCUGGCCAAAGCCAAAGACAUGGUGCUGCGUAUAGACCUGGAGGACUUUGAGGGAGUGAGGGAGUAUGCAAAGUUUGAUGAGUUCUACGUGGCAAAUGAAUUCCUUCGCUAUCGACUGUCCAUCAGUGGAUAUAGUGGGACAGCUGGGAACGCCAUGAGCUUCAACAAACACUUCAACCACGACCAUAAGUUCUUCUCCACUCCGGACCGUGACAAUGACAUGUACCCCUCUGGAAACUGCGGCGCCUACUACAGCUCGGGAUGGUGGUUUGAUGCCUGCAUGUCAGCCAACCUCAAUGGGAAGUACUACCACAAGAGAUACAAGGGCGUCAGGAAUGGCAUUUUCUGGGGCACUUGGCAUAACAUGUCAUCGGAGUACUACCCGACCAACUACAGACAGGCCUUCAAGACUGUCAGGAUGAUGAUAAGGCCCAAAAACUAUGCUCCCUAAAAAUAUUCACCAGAAAAGUGUUUGAAAGUCAAACAGACGACAAGCAUGGGAAGAAACGCUGAGGUAUACUUUGUACAUGCACAUAUCAUGCACACAAAACCAAAACAAGCCAGGCCCAUGGACAUAUUGAAUGCAGUAUAGACCCCCUUUAAAAUGUUGUCAGAAUGUUUUAAAUUUCGAAAUGGAGCCGACAGCAGGCAAAGUGAAGUACAAUUGUAAAAGUCUUUAAACCAGGCUCUGAUACCACUUACAUCAAGUAGUUAUCAUUCGCCAAUCAUCUGGAGUUUUCAUAUUUUAUUAUUAUGAGACUGGUCCAAGUUUCUUCAUUGUUUUCACAUUAUGUUCCACUUCACUUUUUCAUCCAGUUGCCUCCAUUUCAGAAUUUAGAAUGUAUUUGAUUACAAACUUUUAAAUAGGAAUGGUCCAACAUGGAUUGUUUGAGCCAUUACCAAUAUCUAAUAUAUGCUUGCUGCUGUGGCCGGUGACCGAUAUUUGCCGAUACCAACAUUUAGAUUUAAAAUCCAUAGCACUGCCCACAAAUUUAUCUCAAGUUGAAGUAAAGAUCACAAAUCAGCUUUCUGCUUUUGUAAAAAUAAUGACACAAUUCAUUUAUCUUGGAUAUAAUUUACUGCAUGAUUGUGGAAGCAUUCAGUCAUAUUUUUUGCCUAAUUGCUCUUCUAUUUCCAUUUUUACUAAAGUCAGAGUUCUCUGAUAUUGUCUUAUUCAUACUGAGUGUCAGUAUUGGAUAUUAAUAUUGGCCGAUACAAUAUAUUGCCCAUCUCUACUUUUAAACAGUCUAUAAGGUCAAUAAUAUAUAUUUUUCACAAAUUCAAGAGCGCAGCCAUAUGUAAAUGGUGCAAAAUAUUUCAGAAAAACAUAAAAAUCCAACAUGCGUUUUAAAGUGCAGUCUUUUUCAGGAGCCAUAAUAAUAUAUGGAGGGUUUCCAUGCGAAAUGUCUCUCAUAUCCCUCCAUGUUCUUGUCCUGUCAUAAACUCAGCAGCAGAGACACAGGCCAGCACACAGUCCUACUAAAACUAAUGAGCUAUCAUUUUCUCUGCUCUAAAUGGCUCCUUAAUUAACAGCAAGCACUCAUGUGAGGUAUACGAGCUGAUCAAACUGUUUCCAGUCAGUCUCAAAUUCAUGGCUUAAGACCACAUGCAGGGCUUAUCGAGUUUAGCAGUUUUAUUAAAAAUCAAAGCCAUGAUUCACAGCACCCAGAAGACAGCAGUGCUUCUAUGUGGAUUCUGUGAUGCUGAUGAAAUGCAUCAUCCUCCUCUGCGAUAGAUCCAAGAAUGAAAUUAGUUUGGGGACAGUGCCAAGAUCAUUUCACUUUAUUGACAUUUUGCUUACCGCUCUUGACAGAGAAUACAUUUGACUUGUUCCACAACACUGGGAGCACUGAAUAACAACAACUGUAGUUUUGCAUUUAGAAAAGCAGCUCAGAUUCCCCACUUGUACAAUACUGCAGCCUAAUGUUAGAAACAUGUAUAGCACCACAUAAAACGUGUACACACUGUGAAUGGGAAAUGGAAUGUUUAUGGAGGUGUACAGUAUUUAUUUUUCUUUAGAGUGAUAUGAAAGCUUUUAUAAAUAUGAAAUGUGUAAGGUCUUGAGUGUUGACAUUUGAGCUUUAUUAAUAUCGAUAUCAUUCAUAUAGUGAUAUUAUGUGUAUUUAGGACUCUCUGUAUGUGAAACAUUGACCUUUUCUAUCAUUCAUUAUCAAUAUCAUGCCAAAAAUAUGCACUUUUUUAUACAAAACUGUUCUCAAUCUCACCAUAUAGCUGUAUAUAUUGCAAUGCUCUCAGAGAUCAUAAUGCCUGCUUAAUUUUUUAAGCUUUUUUGUAUUUUAGGCACCUUACAAAAUGUAUACAUCAAGUGUACAUAAGGCAUGACAAUACAUUUUAAAAAAUAAAGUAGUCUGCAGCGCACUGAAGUCUUGCAUCUACAGCUUUAGAGGGAAAUGUGUCUGAGGCAGGAUUCUGUUUGAUACGACUGUGAAAGAUUGGAAAUCGGUGUCAGUGAUGUUGCUGUCUGUUAAUGUGAUACUCAAUAAAAUGUAUCAAUCACUGUCAA